AUGAGAACCACUAGAAAUAGUAAUAAAGCUACUCCAAACUACUCCACCGACCCUACUAAUGAUCCCCCAAUCAUUGAAACCCCGGUUUCUUUGGGCUCUUCAUUGGAUGUUGGCGCAACAUCUGAAACCCCGAUCCCGAUAGCAAACAUAAACAAACAAGCUAAAGAUCAAGAUUCCGAUGAAGAAAUUACUGAUGCAGCCGACAAUACUAUUAAUAGUACUGUUGAAACCUUUUUAACUGCUUCAGAAGAUCCUGAAGCGGACCAAAACAUGGAUUCCAACGCCAUUUCUACCCCAACUACCUCUCCAGCAAUUAAUGUUUCUUCAGUUGAUUGCGAUCGCAAUUCUCAUGCAGCAUGUGACACUGACAUUGACAUGCACAAUCCUGUUAUUCCAACCCAAGCCGUUAUUUCUACUGAUUUUAUUAAUGAAAACUCCGAAAACCAAAAAAAAAUCGAAAAUUCUCAAAACCCAAAAAAAAAUUCUGUUUCUGUUCCUUCUGUUUCUGUUCCUUCUGUUCCUGUUCCCUCUGUCUCACCUUCUACUGUCGCCUCUCCAACUACGGCCUCCAAUCCGGUGGCUCCAGCUGUCAAUGUGACAAGACCAAUCCAAACCUAUGCUCAAGCCACCGCUGGAGACAAGCGCACACCUCGAGCCACUACAAACACCAAUGAUCCAUCCUUCCAAAACGUGUUGAUGAAAUUUGAAAGAACUUUCAAAUGGGCAAGUCACAUCAAAAUCCUUGACUUUAAGCACCGCGACGUAUUGGAAUAUGCCAUAAGCGAGAAACGCAAAUCAGGAAAAUUGUUCUCCACCUCCAAUCCUGCUAUUAUUAAAUCCAAAGAAAAACGCGAGGAACUCGUCAAGAUCAUGGAAAUUGAAGAUUUCUUCCAAAACUACACCAGUUUUAAUAUGACAAACGAAUUCAACAGAUUAAGAAACUCUAGAAUCAGCUUGGAGAACUACUUGGAAUUUAUCAUGAGCCAACAGCAUCUUAAGGAUAUCUUAAUCUACUUUAAGAUCCCAAAAGAUAUCUUUACAGAGUUUCCUCUUGAAAAACACUUGGAAUCCAUCAAAAACGGACUCACUAAGUUAUCCAAAGAACUUGAUACUAUUACACAGUCAUCCAACGAACCAGAUAAGGAUUUGAUCAUAAUCAGGGAAAACUUAAAAGGGGCCCUCAACCACUUGGUUAUUUUUAAUAAGAAGAUCUGCCUUAACUCAAACUUCAUCCCAAACCCUCAGGAUACAGGCUCUGAUAUCUUCAAGAAGGACAGAAAUCUUUUAAUUGAAUAUCUUAACAUCCACCUUAAAGUUACAGUUGGAAAUUAUACCUACACGCCAGGGUCUUUGUUAAAUACAAUGAAUAAGGAAUCCCAUUUAAUUGAGAUUGAAAUGAAUUCCGAAUUUACUGAAUUUAACCGGGAAAAACUUCUUGACCAUGUCUUCAAUGAAUCCGGAAUUGAUCCAUCAUCCUUCUUUCCAAUCAACACCGUUCACUUUACGGAAGAAGCUAGCAAAGCUGCCAGUAUUGUCACUUAUGGUUAUAUUGAAAUUGACUCAGGAAAAUCCCUUCCACUCUUCAAUGACAAAAAUUUCCGCUCCAGAGUCAUCACGAAAUGCGUCCACUGCACUGCAUGUGGUUCCCGUGAACACACUCGUUUUGACUGCAAGACGUCAUCUUGUGCCAUUUGCAAGAAAUUAUCCCAUAGGGCAAAAGAUUGUUAUUUCAAAAAGCAACAAAGAGCACCUAUUGUGAAUCCGGAAGAUCCAGAAAAACACUCUCCGAAACAAAAUUCUGGAAAAGCAGUCAAACCAAACCACAAAUCAAACUAUGGUUUUCAGACUGUCGAAAAAAGAAAAAUAAAACUGAAUAAACCGGCUACUCCAGAAUAUUCUAAACCACAUUCAAACCCUUUCGACUUAUUGGCAAAUGAAGAAGAAAAUGUUGAUGAUUCAAUUAUUGAUGAGGACGAUACUUUGGAAAAGAACUACCCAUCCAAUGAGGAAGAUGCUUUAGAGGAAGGCCUCUCUACUGAUGCAGACCAAUCCAUGGAUGAACUCGAAACCUCUACAACCCAACACACUGCUACUCUCAGACAUCAAACCAAACCAAUAGAAUUAUUGUCCAAGAAAGGUAAAUCUAAGAAGCACGCCAAGUUCGCGGCCAUUAGCGCCAUCAAGCUGGCCCAUAUUAGCAAGGUGUUGAUUGGUUGGCAAUAA